AUGGGGAAGUUAGCUACAUUCUCAAAGCCACUCAUCUUCCAAUCCAAGCUCCUCUGUUUCUCUCUCAUCUACCUCUUCUCCGCCCUCUCCUUGGCCGUCUACUUCACCUUCUCCGCCACCAAAUGCGUUUUCCGGUGGUCGCCUUCCGAACCUUUUCAGGCCCCACUCUUCUUAUAUCCAUCCUCUUAUGGAGAACACAAACACGCCAUACCCACCACUCGAAACUCCUGCAACUCCCCUGUUUAUUUCUCAGAUAGAAUUUCCAUGGAAAAAUGCCGCGGACUAGUGGUGGCUUCCGCCAUAUUCAACGAUCACGACAAAAUCCGACAACCGAAAGGUCUCGGGUCGAAAACCCUAGACCACACGUGCUUCUUCAUGUUUGUCGAUGAUGCCACUCUGAACCGACUUCACUAUCACAAAAUGAUCACAAAAACAUCGAAAGCAUUCAAAAUCGGCGCUUGGAGGAUCGUUAAUGUCUCGAGCGAGCUCUUGUACGAAAGUCCUGCCAUGAAUGGGAUCAUACCUAAGUACCUAAUCCACCGGCUAUUUCCGAAUUCAAAGUAUAGCGUGUGGGUCGAUGCGAAGAUGCAAUUGGUAGUUGACCCGUUUUUGUUGAUUCAUUCGCUCGUUGUGGAGGAGAAUGCUGACAUGGCUAUCUCGAGACAUCCUUAUUUUUCGCACACGAUGGAGGAGGCAAUGGCGACCGCUAGGUGGAAAAAAUGGUGGGAUGUGAACGGGUUGAAGGUCCAAAUGGAGACUUAUUGCGAAAACGGGUUGACCCCAUGGAGCCCGAAUAAGACCUACCCCACAGAUGUGCCAGACAGUGCAAUUAUACUUAGAAAACACACAAUGCCAACCAACCUUUUCUCAUGCCUAUUGUUUAAUGAACUUGAAGCCUUCAACCCAAGAGAUCAACUCCCCUUUGCAUUUGUGAGGGACAAAAUUAUCCCAAAACUUAAACUCAACAUGUUCGAGGUUGAGGUAUUUGAACACGUGGCAGUAGAAUACAGGCACAAUAUUGUGCCGGGCUGGGCUGGAUCGGGCCCCAGGACCAAGAUGGCCAGCCCAGACUUGUUUGGCAACACAAGUUGUGGCAAAUGUGAGGGCUAUCUUUUAGGUAUGUGGGGUGAGUCCCAUGAUUGA